CAUUCAAGGUGCGGCAGAGGAACAGGUGCGUGAAGAGCCGGACAGAGAAUUUCUUUAUAAACCGAGAUAUCACAGUUUGUCUUACUUAUUUCAGAAAGCUAAGGAAUAAGAAAACAAGUAAGUGAAGAAGUAACUUUGUCAGCAGCAAAGCGAACUUAACUGAAAACCUACAGUUUGUGAGGACAGGGGGGAUCUGUACCUUCAGAGCAGGUGGACGUCGCUUUUGUUCAGUCGACGUUAAGUUUUUGAAGAAAAAGAAGAAGCAGAAGUAGAAAUGGCCAACUCCGGUCUGCAGAUUUUGGGCUUCGCUCUGGCCCUGCUGGGCGUAAUUGGAUUGGUAGUUGGCACCAUUUUGCCCCAGUGGAAGAUGUCGGCUUAUGUUGGGGACAACAUCAUCACAGCGGUGGCCAUGUACGAAGGACUGUGGAUGUCCUGUGCCUUCCAAAGCACAGGCCAGAUCCAGUGCAAAGUCUACGACUCCAUCCUGCAGCUCAACAGUGCCCUCCAGGCAACCCGCGCCCUCAUGGUUGUGAGUAUCAUCGUAACAGUAGCUGGCCUGGGUGUAGCCUGCAUGGGAAUGAAGUGCACCACCUGUGGAGGAGAUGACAAAGCACGCAAGUCCCGCAUUGCCAUGACUGGUGGCAUUAUCAUCCUGAUUGGAGCUUUGUGUUCCAUCAUUGCCUGCUCUUGGUAUGCCCACGACAUCAUCCAGGCCUUCUACAACCCUUUCACCCCCGUCAAUACCAAGUACGAGUUUGGGUCUGCCAUCUUCAUUGCCUGGGCUGGAGCCUUCCUGGCUGUUGUGGGAGGUGGCAUGCUGGCAGCUUCCUGCCCAAGAGGCAAAUCUACACCGAAGUAUCCCAUCUCCAGACCCCCUAGCAGCAAGGAAUAUGUUUGAACAGCAGAGGGACUCGGUGUUAGAGGCUGAAAGAACACUUUGGCAUUUGUGCUAGUCCAACUCAGAGAGUGAAACACUGAAAGGAUGUACCCCAGGAGGCGAUCAGUACCUGUCUGUUUUUUUUUUAAUUUUAUUUUGUAUUUUAGUUUCUUCAGGGCUACCCUGUGAUGUUACUGUAAUAUUAUUUUUAAAAAUCGCAAAUAAAAUUUUAAAUAAUAGCUGUUUACUUAUAAGAAAGCUCUCAUUGGCCUUGCCCUAUCUGGAACUGUAGUCUGUGCUUACUGAUUUGUACACUAUGCAAUAUACUAUCCACUUAGUUGACACCUGUAAAGCACUAAGUUAAACUCGGGGUGAAACACCCAUGAUGUUGUACAACUUUGUAUGUAGUAAAUAUGUUUCACAUGCUGAGUACUACAAUGUUCGGUGCAUUAGAAUAUCCAGUGUGUCUGGAAAAUAGUUUGACUGCACUGAAUAGAACUCAGAUAUGGCAAAGGACAACGCUUAAGCCUUGUAGGCUAAAUGCAUAAAGGUUCUUCAUCUGGCACCUGAUAAGCAAUUUGCUACCAUCAUUUCUAUGUAUUUGUGCCCUAUUUAUAUGAACAAGGGAAAGCAUUCAGUAACUGUUUUGUUUUAAUCAAGUGCUGGAGUGAAAUUUUAACUAUACAACAACUUUCUGAUUCAUUUAUUAACUCAGAUUGCCAAAGUUUUUGCUGAUAAACAUUCAGCAUGAAAAAUGUUGUGAGCUAUUUGUCGCUUUGUUCUGUCAUGACUGUGUGAAUGGGCUUGGCUUAGGAUUACGUUUUUUUUUUUAAGUCACAGUAGCUAUUUGCAGCACUCAUCAGAUUUUCAGUUUUUAAAAACUUUUAAAAUUGUGAUUUGCAAAGUUUGUGUUGUACAUAAAAUAAAAGUGAAAAAUGUACAAUC